AUGGACUCCCAGGCAGACUGGAAUCCUAAUGAAGAAUUCUUCAAAUUCACGCGUGGCCGCUUUGUUAUUGACGAAGCGGAGAAUCUUCGAAAGCGAGAGAUCAGGUUCGACUUAAACAAGCUCGCAUGUGUCGCUGCAGACUCGGUCGGCGCCACUAAGUGCAUUUCCAUCAAGAAGUACCCCGACGGCAUGUUCAACAAAACAUUCCUCAUGUCUAUGGAAAAUGGCCGAGAAGUCGUAGCUAAAGUGCCCAACCCGAAUGCUGGCAUUCCACACUUUACUACAGCUAGUGAAGUUGCCACGAUGGACUUUGCCAGAAAAAUUCUGGACACACCAGCACCUCGUGUCUACUCUUGGAACUCGCAAGCAAAGUCACACCCUGUUGGGGCUGAAUUUAUCAUUAUGGAUAAAAUCGAAGGUGUUCCGCUGUCUCAAGUCUGGAACAUGAUGAAAUUACCCCAGAAGCUCCAAGUGCUUCUUGCCAUGACACGUCUCCAGAAGCAAUGGCUGGGCGUUUCAUUCUCGCAUUACGGCAGCUUGUACUACGCGGGAGACGUGCAUCCACCACCAGAUAACCACUACAUCAAGGAUGGCAAAGCUGUCAAAGAUUCCGAGUUUGCUAUUGGCCCUGCUACAGGCCGGGAUUGGUUUGAUGGGGGUCGAUCAGUUUUGGAUAUCGAGAGGGGGCCAUGGGCUUCUCUAAUGCAGUAUCUGCAAGCAGUCGCGACGCGAGAGACAAAAGCAAUCAAGUCUUUGAAACCUCCGAAACAGAUCGCCUUAUUCUGUGGCCCAAAGCUCUACCGGCCAGACAAGGAAAAGAAGCUUACUGCUUUAGCAUGGUACCGACAAAUCAUUGAUGCCCUUAUCCCGAAGGACGCUGCCAUCACCAACCCGCGCCUCUGGCAUAAUGAUUUACAUGAUGACAACAUCUUUGUAGACCCACACAACCCUGAAAAGAUUACAGGUAUCAUCGACUGGCAGUCUUGCCACAUCUCGCCGCUCUUCAAUCACAACCCCGAUCCAGCCUUCCUUGAUUGGGAUGGCCUUGAGCCUGAGACGCUCGACCUAGCACCAAGGCCGAACCUCUCUGGGCUUUCACUACAGGAACGGUCCGCGGCUGUGCGCGAGUAUGCCGUCCAAAAUGUGUUCAUUGGAUGGCGGAAACUCAUGAACGCCAAAAACCCAGACCUAUAUCGAGUUGUCGAAUUCCGAAAGACGGCAGCGUACGGGCUGAUAUUUCUCGCCCACCGCAUGUUCGAAUACGGCGAGGCGCACUUCCAAUCGCUUCUGGUCGAUCUGAAGGACACGUGGGCGGACUUACCUGCAGCCACCGGCGACAUCCCAUUCCCGUUCGAGUUUUCAGAAGCGGAUUUCCAGCGUAUCAAGCUGGAUAGUGACUGUGCGGUAGCGGGGACAGAGCUUGUCGCGGAGACGAAGGAGAGACUGGGCCAUUUGUGGCCGGACAAAGGCUACAUCGAGCACGAGCGAUACAACGAAUGCAAAGCUGCCCUCCGCGAAACUAAAGGUCGGAUAUUAGAGCAAUUUGCCGAGACUGACGAGGAAAAGGCUGAAUUUGAAUGUUAUUGGCCAUUCGAAUGA